AAAUAAGGUUAGCACUUUGGAUCCUAGAGCUAACCUAGGCAAGUUCCAUAAUGUCGACCUCUGACAGUCCACCCAGCUCUUUCGGCACAACGUCGAUAAGGUUGCGCCACACCUGCAUGCGCAUAGGUAUUUAUUACGGCGCCCCCCUGCCAAUUUUAUCCAUUUCGUCACCUGCGAAUCUCCAACAAGACCGCAACUCACCAUCACCUUCUAUCGCGCCUCCCUCCCAAUAUCUAUGGACCACCAUAGCUGUCGGCCAGAUGGCGACGAAAAAUAUACCCUCAAGAUCUGUAUGGUGUCGCCGCUCAGUGCCUUGGACAGAUUCUCACCAAUAUCACCACAAAAAGCCCCUUGGUAUGUCAUGUUCUCGUUCGACUUUGCCGACGGGCCGGGAUAUAUACGAAAGGGGUUAUGGUGGACCACACGAAAUUUGGUCCAUGAGCAAUCUUUGCUUAGAUGUGGCCCCAAAGAAGGGGAUUACCAGUUCACUCGGCUUUGGCGCAUUCGCGAGUUUCCCAACAAACCUGCCGCAAAGUCCCGCUGGACCGGGACUAUCACCUUUCAUGGGAGUACGAUUGAGAUACUAUCAAGCUUUCGCCUACAGUCAUUGAAGAAGCAGCAUAUCUUCGCCGCUAUGACUGAAAACCCUUCCGGCGAUAUUAAUCAGAUGUUCGAUCGCGACCUUCCCGCUUACUGCGUUAACUGCAUAUACGACGACGACCCAACGAACCCGUGGUGGAUGUGGCCAAUGGAAUCUAUCGUCGAAAAGAGCUGGAGUCGGAUGCUAAUGCGGAAAACGGCUGGGAUGCUUCCAUGGCUUAUCGGCUUAGUCAUUAUCUUCGUCAUGUUCAGCACUGAUGUUUGUCCAGUUAUUUGAUAUGGAGGGGGUAAGGGUAACGUUCAGGCGUUAAGUCAGGUGACCAGCUUUUAGACCAACCCCUUUUUAGACCACAAGGUUCUAGAAGGAUGACUAACCCUUGCCACCC